GGUUGCUAAGCAAAAUAAUAUCGAUGAAUAACUGGUUCCGUAGCUCUUCUUUAUCUUCUGGGUACCGACGUACUUUAAACCGGUCUCAAGCUAAUACGCAUGAACAGGUAGUUUACUAUAAAUACCGCUAAACCCGUGCUCUUCGUUCACUUUGUAUUGCUACACGGUUGUAUCAGGAGAAAACUUAGAUCUACAUGUAUAAUACUACACAGUUGUAUUCAAGUGAUCAAGUUUGACUUUAAAAGCUUGAAAAUGCCACGCGGUCGCCGAAGACAGGCACAGGCUAGGCGUAUGCCGAGACAGGAGAGAGCCGUUCGGCAGGAGAGAGCCGUUGAGCAGGAAAGGCAGGAGAGAGCCGUUGAGCAGGACGAGGAGCUGAAUCUGCAGAAUGCCCGGCGUAACUUGAGAAGGAACGCUGCCAGAGAGGAGCAGAAUGACCAAGGUCACGGGGACGUCAGGGGCACCAGGGGGCAAAAAAGGCCUGCGGCUGACCUCGAGGAUGCUGUAGACGAGAGGUUGCUACAAACAGAUGCCGUAUUUAUGCUUACAGGCAACUUCUCAGAGUAGUUGACAAAAGGCCUUAUAGAAGAAUGCACAGUCGUAUACACAGGAACAUUAUGCCAGGAACUAUCGCUGUGAGAAGGGAUAUCCGGCGAUUCCAGGACAUUCAUAUGAAGAAAAUGUGUGGUAACCAAUGAACUCUUUUGAGAUCAUUUUAAGCAUGUGAAUUACUGUUCCUGGAUAUUCUUGUUAUAGUUACAUGUAACUGUGCGUUCAUUUGAAAUGUGAUAAGUACUAUUAAAGGUGAAAUAGACAAUCACUGAACUGUUCCUGGAAGUUCUUGUUUAAAUUUCAUGUGAUUUGUGCAUUCAUUUAAAAUAUGAUAAGUACUGUUAAAUGUGACAUAGACAAUCACUGAACUUUUGAGAAAAUAGAUCAAUGUGACUGUAAAUAUUCUCACCGAGAAAUAUUUGAAGGCCAUUUAUGUAGCCAUAUUUGCGAACAAUAUUCUUUUCUUUGUAUUUUAUAAUUAACGUCGCUCUAUUUUCAUAUAGGAAAAUUCUAUAAACCGGAAGGUGAUCAGGCGUGUCUGCUUACAUUAGUUUACAAUAAACUGAUAAGUAUAAUUUGGAAAUAAAUAUUGUUUCAUAAAAAUACAUCUAUUGUCUGGCGAGAACUUACAAAGCACUGUAUUUUCGGCGUGUGUUACUCUUAUGUGGUUACUCUUAUGUUGUUAUGUGGCUAGGGUUGAAUAGGUUUUGCCCAUAGUACCUGGCGAAAUCUAGUUUUGUAUUGCGUAUUGCUUUGUAGUAUUGCUUUGUAUUGCGUUAUCAACACUCUAGCAUGCAACUUACUGCUUUCCUUCACGCAGUGGUUUUGGUAUGUGUUGACCCGUCAUUCCCGGAUACCUGGUCGUGUCUGGUAACUAUCAUACCGUGACUACUGGCACCGAAGUUGCCGUGAAUUGCCACAUUAUGUUUAAGUUAGUCAGUAUUGCUACCUCGUUAUGUCCGACAGUGCAGAGUUACGUUAUGUUGAA